AUGGAAUCCACUAGUAGACCCAAAUUCAUAGACAUUGGAGCUAAUCUGACAGAUUCCAUGUACAAUGGGAUUUAUCAUGGAUCCAAUAAACAUUUGCCUGAUUUGGGAAGAGUACUUGAGAGAGCAAAGGGAAUAGGCAUGGAGAAGAUCAUAAUAACAUCUGGAUGCCUACAGGAUGUCUACGAGUCUCUAGAAAUUUGCGAGAAAUACGAUAAAGAAUGCAAGUUCCUCUUUACAACUGUUGGGGUACAUCCAACACGUUGUAACGAGUUUGUAAAGAACAAGUACUCAAAGUCUGAAAAAGAGUAUCUGGAUGCUCUAGAUGAACUUAUUGCACGGAACAGAUCCAGAAUUGUUGCAAUUGGUGAGCUAGGCCUGGACUAUGAUCGAUUACAAUUUUGUGAUAAAGAUGUUCAAAAAAAAUAUUUCGAGUUUCAAUUGACUUUGGCUGAAAAACACAAGCUUCCCCUAUUCUUACACAUGAGGAAUGCUUCUGCAGAUACUUUUGAAAUCCUGCAAAGAAACAAGAGCAGGUGGUCUGAAGCAGGCGGUGUAUGCCAUAGUUUUACAGGAGAUUUGGAAUCAUUAAAAGGAUUGUUGGAUGAUGGUUUAUUUAUCGGAAUCAAUGGUUGUUCUUUGAAGACAGAUUCCAACUUAGAGGUAGUAAAGAACAUUCCUUUGGAUAAGCUAAUGCUAGAAACCGAUUGCCCCUGGUGUGGAAUAAAAAACACACAUGCAAGCAGCAAGUACGUAAAGACCGUGUUCAAUUCGAUCAGAAAACCGGAAAAAAUGACUGAGGAAACCAUUUUAUCUUCACGAAACGAGCCUUGUCACAUUCUGAAUGUUGCCGAAGUUGUUUACCAACUUUUGUCUCCAAAUGUAGAUUUUAAAGAGUUUUGCGACAGGGUUUACGAAAAUACCGUAACACUGUUCAAGGGUGUGGCGUAG